UAUUAAUGAGUGAGUAGAUAAUAGUUUGGGAAUAUUGUAAUUUUAAAAUGAAUUAUAAUCCAGGCAUAUUUAUCUAUCUAUUGCUAUUUCUUUUUUGUUUUAAUUUUAAACCAACUUCAGCAGCAUCUAUCUUUGAUUGGUUUUGGGAAAAUUAUGAGAGUCCAUUUCAGUUUGGUAAAAACAACCAGCAGCAAAAUAUUAAUAAACAAGAACAAAAAAUUACAAACUUGAGAGAUGGUGUUACUUUAUUAUCGGUUCCUUUUGAGGAAUUGAGUCCAGAAGACAAGUUUUUGCAAGAAGCUGAAAGGUUUAGUGGAGUAUCACUAUCUGGCAUUGACUCCUGUGAACAUAGGGCUGUGAUGAAAAUACAAACAUCAUGUUCGAACAUCAAUGAAGAAGAGCUUGCUAAACUGAGCAUUGGACUUUUAAACUGUCAGUUGGAAAUCAGUGGGAAACCUCAAAUAGAAUGCACAGAAGAGAUGUCUUUAAAGGAGUGCACAGCCCCAAUGGACAGUGAGACAUGGAACGCUUAUCAUACAAUCAACAACAGAGCUCGUGCAGUCUGCUACGCCACUCGUCAAGUACAGUUCCGAGCGCUCUCAGAGAUGACAGUCAACAAACUCAUGACUUCUGCUCUCAAACAGCUUGAAACCAUGGAUAAUUUAGAGGAGCUGCAAAAGGAAAUGAGUAAGCUGACAGAAGGAACAGUGGACUCUCUGAAGGCUGGACAGCAGGGACUCUUGGACCAAAACAGUGGACUCAAGCUUGCCACCUCACAAGUGCAGAACCACAUUGUUGCCAACCUUAAACAGCUGACCCAAGAGAAAACAGUCAUACAGAGCUUGCAGCACCAGCUACACUCCUUGUCCGAGAAACUGUCGGAAGAACUUGGCCAUGUUGGAGUGCAGCUGGAGACCCAGAGUGAGCAACAUCAAACCAUUCAGAAAGAUAUUGUGUCCAAAUUGUCUGAGAUAUCUGACAAAGCCGAUGCUAUUUGGAGUUCUAUAGAUGAGAGAAGUCUAAAGCUACAAAAACAACAAGAAGAGAUGAGGAAAAGUAGCCAAGAAACCAUGGAGAAUCUGAAGCGAAUCAACGCAAGUGUCAACUACUUGCUGGCGAUGGUGACAAGAGUGCGGACCGAGGUGGAUGAGAAACUGACACAACUCUCCACGGCCAUUGGCGGAGACAGCCAAACUCUGAUAUCAGUGACUCAGCAUAUUCUGUUCCUGCUGACUGGAGUGUUGAUCAGUUUGUUUCUGCAGCUCAGUCUAGCUUGCCGCUUCAUGCUGUUGGCGGCUGUUGUGGCUAAUAUUACACUGGUCUAUCACAAACAACCAUUAAACUUCCUUCAUCUUACUGGUGCUAUUGCAGGUUGGUGGGCAAUUGCAGUUUUGGUUCCUAUAUGUUGGUCUUACAUGAGGAGGCCUAAAGCUGGUGUUCAUCAAAAAAAAGAGUAUCAGAAACUAGAUUUGGACGAAAACGAUGAAGAUAACUUGUCAACAAGAAGCUCGUCUAGGGCGGGAAGUGUGUCGACUCGAGGUGAUUUUGAGGAAGGCUCUUUGAGGCAUCGGAGAUGUGGAAGGCUGUGUCGCAACGGUCAGCUGUGUCGUGGAACACCCGUGCCGGGACUAGACACGUGCAGACGACACAUCUCUGUCACCACGUAGUCAAACAACUGUAGCGUCUUAAUAGUUGAAAUAUUCUGUGUAAAUAUAUUCAGGGUUUAAGCUGAAGUCACAUUUUGCAACACUCUGCCUAAUAUUGCAAUAAUUUAUUAAUUACGAUAAGCAGGCUGUUAUGAUAGCAGAAAGGGUCUGCAAAGAUUUAAGUUUAAACACUGAAUGUAUCAUUAUCAUUAUCAAUUAAGAUGGAGACGCUGAAGCUACUAGAGCCUAUGUUAAGCCAAAUAUAUGAAUUGUAGAAUGUGAGAGUGUAGAAUGGGGUGAGAUAUCUUGUGUGGCUUUGUUACUGACUAAGAUCAGCUGUUUCAUCAGUCAUGACCAUUUAUUAAAAGCCCGUUGAUCAAAGGAAGCUGGGCCCAGUUUCGAACCAUUCAAAAGCAACAGCUACACACUGUUCUUAUCAUUGUACAAUUUGUAGUCAAUGGUACUUGGCUGUUAAGAAUAAAAGAAUGAAGAGUUUAUAUAAGUUUGGAAGUUUAUAAAUAAACAUGAUUUUGAUUUUAGUAGAACAAUUUUUCAGGAAGAGAUUUGGCUAUUGCUACUGUAAUCGCUUUGUUUGGAGAGUAAUACUUAUCUGUGUGGGUAGUACAAGAGGUUUCAAUGCCGUUGAUACAUGAUUAUAUUGUAUCCACCAGUGAAGUUUGCUUAGUGAGUUUAAUUUUUAAAUAAGUUUACUUGUGUGAAAGUGGGAGAGUGGAGGUAUUAGAUUUAAAGUUUAAGGAAACAAAUUUCUUUACUUCUAUGUUCAAAAGUUUCUACACUUUUAAUUUGUUCUAGAAAAAAUUUCCUAAUAAAAUAGUUAAGACAUGCUUAAGUCACAUGAUCCAUUGUGUGCAAUUAAUAUGUGGUAUAUAUGAGACCAUUAGUCUGUGUGCGGCUGGCUAAGGCGCGGGCAGAGAGGGGGGUGGAUAUUACUGGCGAUAUACAGUAGUGGGGGGGUCUGAGCCGCGCACAGUCUGAUGGUCGCAACUGUAAGUUUACCACAGUUUAUUAAUUUAUUUGUAAAGUUUUACCAAAUCUUAGCCCCAUCGUUCUUCCGCACAAACUACUGUGAUACUUAUGAAAAUGUGCCUUAAACAAAAAAAUACAAACUUCAAAGUUACCUGUAGUACAAAAAUGUUAUGAUCUUUUUUGAUCACUAGAACACUGUAGUGAAGGCCUUAUUUAUCAUCGACAUUGAUCAAGUCAUUUAAAAAAAGUUUUGCUGGCUCAUUCAUUACAUCAGAAACGUUAAAAUUAGCUUUGAUUCAAUAGGUAACUUAAGUCAUCUUUAGUGACCUUAGUGUUGUGGCAAUGUGACGGAGAAGUCACUUAUUUGUAAACAAUUUGAAUUUAGUGUAACUGCAUAACCUUCUCUAGUACAAGGCUGUGGCAUUGGUGUGUCGCAACGAUGCACUGGCUGGCCUGUUGCCAUGGUAAUAACAAACAUAAACAUUGUACAGACGCUCCAUUAUGAAUUAGUGCAACAGCUGUUUCAGUAGGCCGGGGCUGCGGCAUUGCCACUUUUGUCUCACAGCAGCCUUGUGUUAGAGGACGCCAUGGUAACUAAAUGUCAAAGGUGUUCAAUAUGUUUACAUAAGAUAGUUAAGGGAAUUUCUUUUAAGGACAUUUCCUUUGAUAAAAAGUUCUUGGUUGUCAAAUUCAGUCCUGAUUCAUAACUGCAUCUUUACAAGGUUGUUUUUUAGAACAAAUAAGUUUCUUAUUUUAUCUUACUUAAGUAAAACAAAACAAAACCGUUGUAUAUUUUGCUUUAUUUCAUCAAGACAUCAAAGUACACCAUAAAUUCAAAUGAUCAAAUAUACCUUUUAAUUACACGGUCCCAAAAAGAAUGGAUAAAAUAUUCAGUUUAAUACCAAGGGUCAUAGAAAAGUCAACUAUGGCUGAUUUUAAAGCUGGCAUCUUUAAGUUUUUUUAGUUCUCCUCAACAGGAUUCAGUUUGUUGGCACGUUUGAAUUUUCAGAACAUAAAGUUGCAAUGGUGCAGUUGCAAGCACAGUGUAAUGAAUGGUAUAUAGAGAAAAAAUCUGUGGUGUGAUAUUUUUUUUUCUGGCACUUGCCGAUCUCAAACAUAGAUGAACUUUAACAAAGAUGAAGCAAAGGGAAGCCUUUGAAAUAAUUUCUAAUUAGAUGCGCCACAAUGUGUGGGCAGAGCUGGAACACCGACUUGUUCUUCUUCAAGCAAAUAACGAAGUACAUGGAGAGGUUAGGCGGUGAAACCAAGGUAGGAAAAACUUAGGAAGUUAAGGAAAAUUUAAAAUUUGUAUAUAAAGUUAUUUUUUAAUCUAAAGUGUUUACGCCAGUUUACUUUUGAUCCAUUCUUUUUGGGACAGCCGGUAUUUUAAGUUAUGUUAAAUAUUGAUUAAGUGUUUUAUUUGAUGUGUUUUGUAGUAUUAAUAGUCCUUAUAGUAUUAGACAAGUAAAAGUGUGUUCUUAGUUAGUAGUUGCCAAUAAUGAAGGGUGCUUAAUAAGAUUUAUUGUUUGAAAUUUUAUGGUUUAUACAACUAGUUUGGUGUUGAUGUAUUGUUUUGGCAAUGUCUUGGCAGUUAUACACAAUUUUAUAUCUACAUAAAUUAUAGCCUACAGAUAUAAUUUUUUAAUUUUUGAAUUGUGCAGAAAUUUGUUUUUCUAUAAAUGUUUACAGUUAGAUUUACUUGUUUCCAUUAGUUGAUUAGUUGUAUGUUUUAUCAACAAAUCAUUUUUUACACAAUUUCUAAUGAUUUAACAUUAUAGGUAAGAGAAGUUUUUGUUAACUUUCAUGUACAAUUACUUAAUUGUAGCCAGUUUUUUCCUUACUCCUAAUGCUUAUGUUUAUUGGCGAGUGCCUUAAAAACUUCUCUGAAUGUCGUUAAGGCUCAUUACUCAAGUUACGUACACUACUUUACCUGGGACAAUUAUUUAAUCACCAACAAUCACUACUCAUAACUUCUGUUAUAAGAGAGAUUAUGUUUUUGUUUAUAACCUCUCAGUGCCACUAAUAGUGAUGCAAGGAAUCAUUGAUAAGGAAUGUUAUUAAUUUUUGUGUAUUUUUAUUGCUCUCUAACUGCUAACAAAAUGUGUUGUUACAUAAUUUUGGGUGUUUGUCUCAUAAGAUCUCUUUUGAUUGAUUUUAUAUAUUAAGAUUUUGUGACAUUUUCUGACAAAUACACUCUUUUGUUUUUAUU